GAGCUGCGGGCAGCGAUAAACACAGGAGACCAGACAACUGGCAUCAAGUCACGGAAGUGCAACAAAUCUCUGCUGCAGACCCUGAUCCAAGCACCGAGGAGAUAAAACAUGGGAAUUUACAAUGAACAGGGGGCUGCUAUUGAGGAGCCGGAGCCCCGCCACAUGCUCAUCAAACAGAACACAGGAGGGUCCAAACGGCGUCACCAGAGGACGUCACCCCUCUCUGUCCGUCGACAGUUCAGCAGACUUCCUCCCAAAGAUGUCUUCAACGACAUGAUGUUCAUGGUGGGAGGAUGGACCAGGGACGACCCAUCGUGUUUGGUGGAACAGUUCUGUCCGGAGUACAAUGAAUGGAGAAACGCUGCCCGUAUGGUCAACCGUCGGGCCAACGUUGCUACAUGUGCACUGGAUGGAAAGAUCUACACAGUGGGUGGAGAAGAUAACAUCCGCUGUUACAGCAGCGUGGAGAGGUUCGACCCAGACACAGACAGCUGGACUACAGAUGUAGCACCCUUAAGCAGCCCCCGCACUGGAGUCUGUCUGGUCGCAAUGGAUGGAUACCUGUAUGCUAUUGGAGGACAUGAUGGCAUCACUGCUAUAAAUACUGUCGAGAGGUAUGAUCCAAAAAUGAACGCAUGGAGCAAACAGGCCGCCAUGCUGACCAGACGCACCAGAGCAGUGGCCGCUGUGCUAAACGGUCACUUAUAUGUGAUCGGGGGAAAUGAUGGUGAUAUGGCCCUCAACUCAGUGGAACGUUACAACCCAGAAGAUGGUACCUGGUCGAUAUGCGCCCACAUGCUGUGUCCCAGGGAGAACGCAGGCUGCACCGUUUACCUGGGAUACAUUUACGUGGCCGGGGGCAAAGAUGAGCUCAGACUAGACCUCUGCACCGCAGAGAGGUUUGACCCCGAGACUAUGAGGUGGACUCCUGUCAAACGCAUGAGGGGCAAGAGGAACGAAAUGUCCCUUGUCGUCUUCAAUGGAGCGCUGCUGGCUGUGGGAGGCUCCGAUGGCAUCACCGAUCUGAAAACUAUAGAAAUAUACAGCCAUGAAACCAACACAUGGAGACACUUUGGAAGCAUGAAACGCAAGCAUCCAGGAGGGAGAGUGGUUGUGCUGUGCUGAGAGACUCAACAAUGCUCAUAUAAUAUGAACAGGACAGAAGUGUUGGAGAGAUAGCCUAAUGGAUGUACACCAGGCUUCAAAAUUGCAUUGUGAUAUGGUUCAAGUAAGGUGGUGUAAUAGCUGAAUAAUUCAGGAGUUCACUCCGAAUGAGAGAUCCCCGCAUUAGUCAGAGCUGCAAACUGCUGUUACAAAAUGACUGCAUUAAAUUAUAAGGCUGGGAUAACCAUUAAUGUUAAAGCUCUUUUUAUAUCUCUAUUUUAAAAACAACCUCUUUUCUCUUUAGAUGAAUCAGGUCAGUACAUUUCAGACUGUGCUUUGGAUUGACAGCUUUUAAUUGCAGAAAGAAUCUGGACUGUAUAAACACAGCAGAGGGUUUAAAGCAGGGGUCUCAAACUCAUUUUCUUUCAGGGGCCACAUUCAGCAUGAUUUGAUCUCCAGUGGGUCGGACCAGUAAAAUAAUAGGAUAAUAACCUAUAAAUAAU